GCUCUCACGCCUCUUUCUUCCUGGUCCGGGCGCAACCCCCAGUGGACGCGUUCGGACCAGCCAUGGCACCGAAGCGGCGCCGAGACGAAGCUGAGAAGGCGGAGGAGGAGAAAGGUGGGCUGACCUGCUACAACUGCGGGUGUCAGGAGAUGGCCAUCAAGCGGCUUGGGGGGCUGAAGGAGGGGCAGCGGCCCUGGUCGGUCAAAGUCUGCAACGACUGCUUGACGACCUGGAACCGCGACGUCUCCGCCGCCAACGUGAUCCGUGUGCUCCUCCUGCUGAAGCUGAUGGGCUUCGAGCGGCCGACCAAGCUGCAGCGGCCGCCAUGGCCGCCGGCGGCGGCGGGGCCGGGCUGAGAGCCUGAACGGCGCUAGCAGGGCGUGGGGCUGAGGGUGCACGUGUCGAUUGGCGGCGAGUGACGUGACUAGUUUGUUAGCUGCGGGUUAGCACGGACUGUGCACCCCACCCAACCGGCCACGUCCGGAUUUGCGGGGAUGCCAAAGGCCCCCAACAUAGAGGCGUGUGCUUAGUAGGCGCCCGCGUCAAGGUGGCGGGGUUGAUAACGACCCGGGAUCAGCCCUUUUCCUGCCAUAAGGCAGCCACCUCCUUGUUGUAAUGGCAAAGUUUGCGUUGGCGACAGCCACGGAUGGCCCUAAUACACCAUGGGGGCAUGUCACACCCGUGGAGGGCAAUGUAAUUCAAUGCAGGG